AUGGCGGAGCGUAUGGGUGAUAACCUGUUAUGGCUGUGCUUAGGCGUCUCACUCUUCUUCGCCGUUCGCGGGAUCGUCACAGAUCUCCGCCAAGUGCGCGAGUUAACGGAAAUUAAGCAUGUUGAGGAGAGGGAUGAUAGGAUGAUUACUGAGGGCACCGAAGAAGCACUCAACCUAGACACCUUACAAAAACUUUCCGAGAGCACUAGCCAUGAUCUCCGAGCAGCCGCACUGCGCAUCAUCGCAGAACGAUCAACAAAAGGCGAGACCCGGGAUCUGCUGCUGCAAGACUUGGUGAGCAGAGACAAAACACAACGCAACAAGGCGCUGAAUGCAUUGUACUUUCUUGUUUCUAACCGGGCUCUCUCUCGCACCUCCGUCUGCUCCCGGUUGCAGGACCUCCCUGCCUAUACCGCGCUAAUCAACUGUCUUUGCAAUUUUCUGGAUGAACACACAGAGGAGACAUCUACGACCGUCUCACCAAUUCUCCCAAAAACCAGGCCUUUGGGCGAGAAGAAAGCGCUGAAUAUACUCAAUAUGGUCCUACAAGAGAAUGUGCCUGCUGCGCUAGAGGCUGGUAUCGUCAGUCGUUGGCUGGCCAAGUACCCCUUUCCGUGCGCCACUGGAGAGCAGCCACGACGUCAGGAUGUCGUGAUUCUUAUGAAAACGUGGUGGUCGGAUGAUGCGGUGAUGAGUGCGAUUUUUGGUACUUUGUCUUCACACGUGGACGGCGCGAAACAACUACGCAAGUUUGGCCUCAUGGGUAGUAUGCUUGAGGAAAAUGAUCAGGAUGACUAUGACAGCGAUGUAUGGAUGGUCGAUGGUGAAGAUACCGCCGGGUCUUGGCGAGUAUCCGGCCCACGGAUCCAGCAGAGAACCGCUGAGGAACAAGCUGUCAGAAGACGCAGGCGAGAGGCGAUGGUUUUGAGCGAAGGAGGCCGUGCUUUGGGUAGUGAGGAUAUUAUACAGGUACCUGUGACCGAGUGA